AUGGUCGGAGCCUCCAGUGGUGCUCACAGCUCCCACGUGGGAUUGAAACUCGGAGUCACUGCCCGGACCCACGCCAGGGCCGGGACAGGGACCGCCGUUCCUGCAGCGGCUUCUACUCCCGCGCGGCUCAGCCCACAGAGGGCAAUGGCGGCGCCCCCGCUGAGGAGACGGGCUGAGGACAUUGCGCUGUACUUCUCCAGGGAGGAAUGGAGCCUCCUUGAUGAGGGUCAGAGACAGCUGUACCUGAAUGUGAUGCGGGAGAACUUUGAACUUCUAUCCUCCCUGGGUUGCUGCUGUGGAGCAGAGAAUGUGGAGGCACCGACUGGGAAGAACAUUUCUGUAGGGGUGUUACAGAGAGAUCACACUGAAGAAAGGCCUUAUCAGUGCAGUGAAUAUGGGAAAUAUUUUAGCAGUAGUAGCUGCCUAGAUGACCACCAAGCUUUGUACACUGGAGAAAGGCCUUAUGAGAGCAGUGAAUGUGGAAAAGCUUUUACCAGAAGCAGUGCCCUCCAUGAUGAUCAGGGAGUUCACACAGAAGAAAGGCCUUAUGAGUACAGUGAGUGUGGGAAACCUUUCACCAGUAGCAGUAACCUUCAUUGUCAUCAGAGAGUUCACACUGGAGAAAAGCCUUAUAAAUGUAGUGAGUGUGGGAAACCUUACUGCAGUUUCACUAAACUUUGUCGUCAUCAGAGAGUGCACACUGGAGAAAGUCCUUAUCAUUUCAGCAAUGGUGGGAAAUCCUUUACCACUAAGACCCACUUUCCUAGUCAUCAGAGAGUACAUACAGGAGAAAAUCGUUAUAAAUGCAGUGUAUGUGGAAAGUCUUUUACAAGGAGCACUGGUCUCCAAUAUCAUCAGAGAGUUCACACAGGAGAAAAACCUUAUCAGUGCAGUGAAUGUGGGAAAACUUUUACAGAAACAAGAAAUACUGUGGACUCUCGUUCUCAUGUGAAGCUGGAUGCUUUGAGACACAGAGAUCACACCAAAGGGAAUAGCUGUGACAACCUCAA